ACUUAAUAGAUUGGUCUUUUCCACAUUGUUGUUUGUUGACAUGCAGAUGGUCUGCUAGCUUAUCCCACAUUCCAACAAUGACUUAAUUCCAAAAAUAUAAAUCAGUUGUAUAUCUGAAGGUACCAUUUAAAUUCAAGAUCUCUUCUUUUUAAACAUAGAAACAGGUGGAGGUCUUGUUGAGAACUAGCCCGAUGGCAGUGUAAGGAAAACCCUGACGCCAGAAGCUUGAGAUUCCCUGCUCAUUGUGCACUUGUAUGUUUGAUGUGGGGAUUGAUGAUGGUCAUAUACCUCAUAUCCUCUGGUGCAAGCAACACAAUUGGAGGAGCUCACUUCCCUGGCGGUGGUGAAAAUAAAUUGCAAGAAGUUUGAAAUUGUGCAGACAUUGCACCCACAGGAUUAGAGUUUGGGUGUCGAGUCGAGAGGGGUGGGAGGAGUUUUUGUUGUAAUCUCGCGAGAGGACACACUCCGCUUUAUUGUUGAUUAACUUUUAAUCGCUCGGCGGGCCCUCUCGCCCCCUCCCCCUAAAGGGACAUCCUCGCUUUAAGAGCCAGUGACUCCCCGGCCUCUGGGACCGAUGUCGCGUUGCUCAGGCCGCCACCAGUCCCCGUGAUACUCCCUGGUUGUCCGCCUGUCUCCGGCUCGUAGUCUCGGGGGUGGAGGGGAGCGGAUUACUGACUGACCGCAGGCCCGGCCCCGGUCACAGGCCAAAGCUGUCCGCCGUGUGAGGGAUCCGCUGCCGGGGGAAGAACCCAACCGGACAACAGCAGCAGCAGAAAUGAUGGAAGAAUUGCACAGUCUGGAUCCACGGCGACAGGAGCUGCUGGAAGCAAGAUUCACUGGAAUGGGCGUCACCAAGAUGCCAGUAAAUGAGUCUUCCAACCAGAGCUUGUGUAGCUUGGGAUCUCUGAGUGAUAAGGAAUCUGAGACGCCUGAAAAGAAACAAAAUGAGCAGCGAGGGAGGAAGCGAAAGGCGGAUCCCUACAAUGAGGCCAAUCAAGGCAAAGGCACUCCAAGGGGUCAUAAAAUUAGUGACUAUUUUGAGUUUGCAGGUGGCAGUGUUACAGGCACAAGUCCAGGGCGGAGUGUACCACCCGUAGUUCGUUCAUCCCCACAACAUUCCUUAUCAUAUUCAUCACCUUCUGUUCAGCAUGGCAGUCCUUCGUCAGUGGGAUCGGCCAACACAGAACAUUCCUGUAAUUCACAAAAGAUCAUUAAUGUACAACACAAACAAUUGCAGACAGACUUCACGCUGGAAAAGCUAACUGCCCUGGAAAGCAGCAAAAGUUCUGACCUGGAGAAAAAGGAGGGAAGAAUUGACGAUUUACUGAGGACGAAUUGUGAUUUAAGAAGACAAAUAGAUGAGCAACAGAAAAUGCUUGAAAGAUACAAAGAACGGUUAAAUAAAUGUGUGACGAUGAGUAAAAAGCUACUAAUAGAAAAGUCAAAACAGGAGAAGCUCGCCUGUCGAGACAAAAGUAUGCAGGACCGUCUGCGACUUGGGCACUUCACUACGGUGCGGCAUGGAGCUUCAUUCACUGAGCAAUGGACAGAUGGCUACGCAUUUCAGAAUCUUAUUAAACAGCAGGAGCGGAUAAACACCCAGCGAGAGGAGAUUGAGCGACAAAGGAAGCUGUUAGCAAAACGGAAACCAGCAGCCAUGUGUCAGAUGCCACCUACAAAUAAUGAGCAAAAACAGAGGAAGAACAAAGCAAACGGAGCAGAAAACGAGACCUUGACUUUAGCAGAAUACCACGAACAGGAAGAAAUCUUCAAACUAAGAUUAGGCCAUUUAAAGAAGGAGGAGGCAGAGAUACAAGCAGAACUAGAGCGGUUGGAACGAGUACGCAAUUUACACAUAAGGGAACUGAAGAGGAUACACAAUGAAGAUAAUUCACAAUUUAAAGAUCAUCCAACGUUAAAUGACAGGUAUUUGCUACUGCACCUGUUGGGACGAGGAGGCUUCAGUGAAGUAUACAAGGCAUUUGAUCUACAAGAGCAGAGAUACGUAGCAGUAAAAAUUCACCAGUUAAAUAAAACCUGGCGGGAGGAAAAGAAAGAAAAUUACCACAAGCAUGCCUGCAGAGAAUAUAGAAUUCACAAGGAGUUGGAUCAUCCCAGGAUAGUCAGACUCUAUGACUAUUUCUCAUUAGAUACAGACUCGUUUUGUACUGUGUUAGAGUAUUGUGAAGGCAAUGAUCUGGAUUUCUACCUGAAGCAACACAAGCUGAUGUCAGAAAAGGAAGGGCGCUCCAUCAUCAUGCAAGUGGUCAACGCUCUGAAAUAUCUAAAUGAGAUCAAGCCCCCUAUCAUUCACUAUGACCUUAAGCCAGGUAACAUUCUCCUGGUGAACGGAACAGCUUGUGGAGAAAUAAAAAUCACAGACUUUGGGUUAUCUAAAAUCAUGGACGAUGACAGCUACAAUUCAGUAGAUGGGAUGGAACUCACGUCACAGGGAGCAGGCACAUACUGGUAUUUGCCUCCUGAAUGUUUUGUGGUUGGGAAAGAGCCUCCGAAGAUUUCCAAUAAAGUUGAUGUAUGGUCAGUGGGAGUUAUCUUUUAUCAGUGUCUCUAUGGACGCAAGCCAUUUGGUCAUAACCAGUCCCAACAGGACAUCCUUCAGGAAAACACAAUUCUGAAAGCUACAGAAGUGCAGUUCCCUCAGAAGCCGGUGAAUAGUGCAGAAGCAAAGGCUUUUAUUCGUCGCUGUCUGGCAUAUCGUAAAGAGGACCGGAUAGAUGUUCAGCAACUUGCCAGUGACCCAUACUUGAUGCCUCAUAUUAGAAAAUCGGUAUCUAGCACCAGCCCAGGUGUGGUUGCAUCAACCUCUGGAUCAUCUAAUAACAACAGUUCAAACUGAGCAUGCAGACGAUCCACUAAGAGGGCACAUAACACAAAAGGAGUACAGAAUCUGUACUAGUAAUAUCCUGAUUUAUACCAGGUGUUUUCUCUGUGUCUGUCCAGCGUGGGGAAGAACGUCCUCACAGAUUCUCUGAAGCGAGAUGGACAAAGACUGCGAUGCUCCAGGCUGGAAGCAAGGAGGCGAUGGCAGAGGCUAUGAAUCACGGACCAUGACUGAUGGCUGCUAAUGAAAAGGACAAUGAUCAGAAUCUGCAUCUUUCUCCCAUGUCCCUUGGCUGUAGCUCAGACACAGCCAUGAACUGAAAGUGGCUGUGUGCUAGAAGAGAGUAAGCAAGAUGGGUGUUUGUUUUUAAAUCUUUCUAAGAUAUCUUCUAUCUAUCCCCCCACCCCAAACGCACACAUGGGGUGCACAAACGAGCACACACAACGCAAAUUCACACAUACAUCCACAUAUACACUUCCCUGCCAACCUGCACAAUGACUGAAUGACAUUUGUUCCACGUUGAGCACAAGUGUGGGGACUUGAUUGUUCCAAAGUUUGGAGCUGCCUCUUGGUGUUGGUGGCUGUUUUUGAGUCAGUUAAACACAAGGUCCUUUUGGCCUUAAAAAAAAAAAUUGAAGUUUUUCUCUUCCUCGUCCCUCCCAUCCCACCAUCCCAUAUCCCUGACCUUUUGAUUCUGUUUCUCUAUAGCUUUUUCUUGCACUGUUCCUUCAGUACCUUAAUAUGUUGCUCACUUUCUGCUCAGGUGGAUGUAGAUUGAGACACAGACAACACUAAGGCUUUGAGGAACCUGCAACAGGAAAAGUACCUUGAAUUGACACUGAGGCAUCUUCUCUUUCAGUCUCUCUUUGCCUUGUUUUCAUCAUUCAUGUUUUUUUUCAUUUAUCCCUCUUGCUUACAUUCCCCAAACCUGGCAGUUCAUUUCUGCUUUUGGUAAACUCCUGUUUUCUGAAGGUGUAUUCUCAAUUCAGUUGGCAUUUCUAUCAGUAUAAUAAUAUUUGUGAUCCAUGGUUUCCAUGUAGUUCUUUUUAAAUUUUGAGUUAAAUAACUGAAGAUAUUCACUUGGCAAAUUUCAGUGUCUGACUUCCACGUGACUUGUUUUAUUUUCAUUUUACAGGAAUAAAUCUUUCAGGGUGGGAUGUUGUCUUUGUACAUUAAUAAUUCAAGUUCAGAUAAAUUAUUUAUGAUGUUUUGCAAUCUAGCUCAGAUCAGUAAAAUAUUGACAUCAUUUGCUCAUGUCAUGGCCCUUUCCACCAAUGCAGGGACCAUGCAUUGUUGUGUAACCAAACAACCAGUUAACCACCUACAUCUGAUCACAGACAAGUUAGAGUUAGGGAAAACCUAACUUAUGACAGGGGUUUGACAUAGUUGGUCAGAUGUAUCAAAAGCACUAUACCCCUAGGGGAUAUUUAAAUUUCUGGAUAAGCAGAAUACAGUUCUUGAACACUUUCCCAAAUAUAGUAUGAAACGUUCCUUUUUAACAUGAGUUUGAGGGGAAAACUAGCAACAAAAAGUGUGGAGUUUUUUUUUAAAAGGAGUAAAUUUCUUGUUGCAGUGGAGUAAAAUUUAGGUUAAAUGAGGCAACUUCAACUCAGACUAAUAUCAGAGUCUUACACAACAUAAUGAGGCCACUUAAUCCAUCAUGCCAGUGCUGCCCCAGUUUUUUGUUUGUUGGGUUAGUUAAUCCAUUUGAACACUUAAAUUAAAUUAUCAUGUUUGCCUUCACUGAAGUAGAAAGAAGACUCCACGUUUUUCCUUUAUAUUGAGAGCCACUAUUGAUUACUCAGUCAAGGUUAACUGAAUCUGAACAUGGAUAAUGAUCAUCCUUUUCUGGGGAGAGUAGUCUUGUUCCUGACUUCUUACUAAGUGUAGUGCACCAGAAAUCUCGGACAACAGUAACAUAUUGUGCACUUGCAUCCAAAGUGGCUUAGAUUGGCAAGGGUGCUGCAGUCUUAGUCAUAUGAGUGUUCUCCCUCCCUCUGCCUUCUCACGUGAUGCCUUUAUCUUUCAUUUUCCUUCUGCUACAUUAUCAUCCUCCUCUCUUGUACACGUAUGCACUUUCUCAGCAGGUCUCACUGCAUCACUGUUGCUUUUCCACCUCCAGAAUUUUCAUCAGCAAGUUUCUUGAGGUCACAAACUAGCCCUAUUGAAAUAUGUAAGUUUCAACUAAUGUCCUUCCGCACUGUACAAUUUUGUUACCUAUUCACCCUCAUUUCAAACGAGAGAAUGUUUAAGGAUCCUCUUUUUAUUAAAAGGGGGCAAAUACCUCCUUACUUUUACAUUGAGUAUUUUGAUCUUAACUUUUCACAAUGGUAAGAUAAAGUGUGACAAAUUAACUUUCCCUCUAGUAUAGCUUAGAAUUCAAAUCCAAACCUGUUCAGACAAGGAUAUUGCUUCAGCUUUGUGUGGUGAAUUCCUGAUGGAGGGUUGAGAGUAUCAGAUGGCAAAAUGGCUUAAUGUGGAAUGUACUACUUAAAUUGAGUACAAGAAAACUUAGUGCAGAUUUACCCAGUAACCUGUUUGAAGUGAUUUUGCUGCAAAUCCUGCUAGUCAAUGUUUAGUCAACAAAAGCUGGGCAGAAUUUCAAUGUUACAAAUUUUUAAUGUUGGAAUUGCUCCUAAAUCUUGCAGUGGCCAAGCUUGAUUGCAUUUAGUUCCAAAGAAAAGUGAAGUUUUGCAUGAGUGGCUGUAUUGAAGCCUUAAGCCCCCAUUUCUAACUGGGUCCACUCAACCUUAAGGCAAUACCUGGAUUGGCAUCUACAGGAGCGCUUCCUUGUUGAAAUAUGGAAAAAAAAUUACUACUUAAGAAAUGGUGUAUAAGCUUAAAUACAUUAGAUUUACUCCUCCCCCAAAAUAAAUUAAAAUUUCCGAAUUUCUAGGAAGCCAUUGAAUCAUUGUCAUUGUUAUUGAAAAUAAGGGCACUAUGAAGAUAUAUGGUUAUUGUCACCUGGUUUUGUCCAGAAGUUAGUGGUUCUGCAUGCAAAGUAAAUAUUCAUGUCUGAGUUUAGAGGCUGCAGGAGUAAAGUAAAAAAGCAAACCAAUCUGGUUGAUCAUUAAUGCUAAUGUUGAUCUAAAUUUCGUGGCAUUGUCUGUGCAGAAUGUUUGAAUAAGUCUCUAAUUGAGAGAGAAUCAUCCACACUGCUGUUAAUACAGAGUAACCAGCCUGAAUUCUCUAGCUGUCUCUAAAACAUCAUUAAGGACUAACAACACUGGGCUGGUUAAAUGUCUUUUCUGUUUUUUUAAAAAAAUUUGAUUCAGCUUUUAUAUUGAUUUUGUUAAAGGACCAAGGCAAAUUAUUACACAAUUCAAGUUCAGUAAAUUGCAGUUUGGCAGUCUGUGGUAAUCACACUUGGUUGGCUUGUGAAAUAAGUCAUGUUCCCUUUUUUAAAACUACCAUUAUCUGAAAUUGUAGGUCAUGUGCAGGCAUCCCUGGGGGAAAGGUUUAGAAAGAAGUACUUAGUCUAGCUCCUGGUGAUUUGCAACUAGAGGUUGCACCAUGCAAAGGUACUUCAGCCGAGUUGUUUAGGAUUGGUGCUUGUGUUCUUGGUAACAAAGCCCUUCUAAGAAGACAAAAUGUUGGCUGUAACUCUUAGCUUUGCUCCCAAAUCUCUGGGACUGCAUUUUUAUUUCUCCUGAGUCUGAAAUGAUGGUGGAUUGUGGAAGGAGGGAGAAUCGUAGUAAAGUUAAGACUGACUUUGUCCAAAGCCCAACACAAACUGGAAAUUUUGUAUUCUCUGGUCAUGAUCUAUUUGUGGAAGUUGUUCAUGUAACCAUUAAUCUCAUCACUGCGAGGAGCUCAUUAUCAUUCUAAACAAACAUUCUCCCAGAAACAAACAUUUACAAUCAAUCAGCAGAGGAAAAUUAAAUUGAUGUUUUUGUGCAAGAAGAUGUUAAUCCAUCACAUCGGAUGGUAUGAACAGCAGAAAUGGAUCUCUGGAAAAUGUUUGAAAAUAAGAUUUGUGCAGAUCUCUCUUCAAUGUGUCAACACAAUUGUUUUGCACAGUUGGUCAUUCUGUUUGAGAGUUCAGAUUUUUUUAUUUCUCUAGGAGACUCAUCUUGUCAGAAUCGAAAGAUCUGGAUUUUAUUUUUGUUUUCCCCACAUCCAUCUCAACCGUCGUCUUAACAUUCAUUUCAACUCUCAAUAUUUAGGCAUGUGCAGCUAAUAGAGGGUGCUGUAUGCUAUUGAUGAACCAUUAAAAGAUGUGAUGCAAAGUAAAUAUGACUUGAGUUGCAAAAGUUGCUCUUGUAUCUUUUUAAAAUACUUCUUAAAUAUUUUAAACACUGGAACUGCUUUUCUUCAGAGGAGGAGAUCUACUUGGUGCUUACAUACAAAUCAUUCUGUUUACUCCUGUUCCAAUAAAUAUCCAGCAGAGUUAAAGGUGUUCUUACCGUUCUUAGUUUAUUAUGGUGGAUUUCACAAGAAUGUGAUAAGUCUUUUUAGCAGAUUGGAAAGUUAAUCCAUUUAACACUGAUUGUAAUACCCUAGAAUAUAAUACCCUGCAGGAGUUCCAUGACGCAAAAUCGAAAGAGUACAAGAUUUUCUUAGUGGGUUUAGUCAGUCCCCAAUAUAUUGGGUUGGAUCAUAUAUAAUUUUUUUUCUCUGGAAACUUUUUCAGAUGAAGAUUAAACUAACUCUGACUUUAUUAAAACAAACUGGUGUCACAUCUUUGGAUCCCAGUUUUUAAAUGCAUACUGCUUUAUGGAAAACACCCCUUUUUGUUUAUUCCGUCUAUCACUUAUUUUCUGUUUGAAAUUGUGUGUUCCUCAGUUCAUUCACAGCUGACGGAUAAUCUUUGACUAACUCCACCUCCCUCUUCACUUUUACAUUCUUUUCCCCUUCCCACCCCAACUUACUCUCAGAUCCCCAAAGGUACAACCUACAGCAGUGUGCUCUUAUGGCCGAGUGUCAUUCAGCACUUACACAUGUUGCGAAACUUUGGUUUUUUUGAGUGUUCCUUUCAGUUUAUUUCAUUGCAGCUAGUUUAAACACUGUGAAUAAUUCCUGGUUUGGUAAGCUUACAGACCAGUUUAUUUCUCCUUGUGGUUCCUCUUUCCAACUAUUCUGUUUUUUUUUUAAAUGAAAUUUGUACAAAUGCCUCUAUUUAACUGUAUACUGUAGUGGUAUGAUGACGAUUCUGAUUUCAACUACAUGAGCCUCUCCUAGACUACAGCUUUACUUUUAAUGUACAAAAGAGAAACAAAAUGAAGGGGUGAGUUUAAACCGGUACGGAUAUUUUCUUUUGAAUCAAAAGGAAGGUACCAUGGAGCCCCUGUGAGUAUGUGUCACUGUGAAAUACAUGCUUGGUUAAUGACCCAGUCUGUGGAUGAGGGUUGCUGUGUAUAUUUCAAUAAAUUGUAUUGCUUUGACUGUGCAGAUUCCAAACCGUUAGAUGUCCAUUGAUAGCUGCUGCAGUGUAGAAAUUGUUUCUUUUAUUCAUCUGCUAAUAAAUUGAAACUUAUAAAAAAAAAA